GAGAGUGGGUGGAUAUCAGAAGACCAUGUUGAAGAAACUUGUCUAUCAAAGGUUGUAGUCUUGCCCUCACCUCUGGGCUGAUAUAGUUUUGCUGCCUAUGUAGAAACUUGCUAGGAUCUUUCAGGAGAACAAUUGCAGGGACUGCAUGGAUUGCCCUUCCAGGGACAUUCCUGACUUGGGGAUUGACCUCUUCCCAUACAGAGGUGGGAAUGAUGGGGAAGGGGGCAUUUGCUUAAAGGCUCAUUUAAGAGUGUGAAGGUACUAGCACAGGAGGAGCCUUCAACAAGGCUGGAAUGUAUCUCCAUUUUUAGCAUAGUGUCUCUUCAUAGUAGGGAGGCUGGUCAGGAAGGAAUUACCAAAAAAGUUAUGCUGGAAUAGGAGAUCCUCAAACUGGUAGGAGAGUGGGUGGGUUUCUAAAUACCUCCUCUGGUGCCCUCUGAUUCCAACUAUGUGAUGCUAGUGGGACUUGAGAUCUGAGGUGGCACAGAAUGUGUGCUAUAUCUGUAAGAAAGAUGAUACAUUUAUCUGUCACAUUUAUUGCAACCCUGGGUUUGGCCAUGGUGAUAGAGAGGGAAGAAGCCAACUCAAACUCUGGAUCCUAUCACUCCAAGUCCUGAGGAGACUGGAAGGUUGAGAGUUGGUUUGUGGCUCAAUCUCCUUUUCUAGUGGCCAUUCUGUCCACAACUAGGACAGGGCCUGGGGACUUCUGCUUCUGUGGGCAGUCUCUCGACCAACAGCACUUCUUUUCACACUUGGAAACACAAGCUGAUCUCCCAGGGGUUUCCUUUUUGGUUGGUAAAGGAAACUGCUACAGUCAUCUAAGCCUGUUCCCCCUCAUCAACUGGAUGACCAUUCAUCAGAAAGGCUGAAGAAAGGAUUCUUAUUCAGUAUGAUGCUAUUCCCAUACAAACUAGUGUGGUAUUAUGUUCCUGUCCAACCCCAUCAAUGGUGAGAAACCAUACAGAUUCCAGCACUCCCCCUGUCAUCGUUCCCUGUAGUAGUAGACAGGGGUCUACCAUGGAUGGCACUGCAGCCGAGCCAAGAUCUAAUUCCAAUUCCUUACCACAACAUUCAGGACAGCAGCUACCACAGCCUCGAAAGAAACGGCCAGAAGACUUCAAAUUUGGAAAAAUUCUUGGUGAAGGAUCUUUUUCAACAGUUGUCUUGGCUCGAGAAUUGGCAACUUCAAGAGAAUAUGCUAUUAAAAUCCUAGAGAAACGGCAUAUCAUAAAAGAGAACAAGGUACCAUAUGUAACCAGAGAAAGAGAUGUAAUGUCCCGCCUGGAUCACCCUUUCUUUGUAAAACUUUACUUCACAUUUCAGGACGAUGAAAAGCUGUAUUUUGGCCUUAGUUAUGCCAAAAAUGGAGAGCUACUUAAAUACAUUCGAAAGAUUGGUUCUUUUGAUGAAACCUGCACCAGAUUUUAUACUGCUGAAAUUGUAUCUGCUUUGGAAUACUUGCAUGGAAAGGGAAUUAUUCACAGGGACCUUAAACCAGAAAACAUUUUAUUAAAUGAAGAUAUGCACAUUCAAAUUACAGAUUUUGGAACAGCUAAAGUAUUAUCUCCAGAUAGUAAACAAGCUAGGGCUAACUCGUUUGUAGGAACAGCACAAUAUGUUUCUCCGGAGCUGCUUACAGAAAAAUCUGCAUGUAAAAGUUCAGACCUAUGGGCCCUUGGAUGUAUAAUAUACCAGCUUGUAGCAGGAUUACCACCAUUUAGAGCGGGAAAUGAGUAUCUUAUAUUUCAGAAGAUAAUUAAAUUGGAAUAUGACUUUCCAGAAAAAUUCUUCCCUAAAGCAAAAGAUCUUGUGGAAAAACUUUUGGUUUUAGAUUCCACAAAGCGAUUAGGUUGUGAAGAAAUGGAUGGGUAUGGGCCCCUUAAAGAUCAUCCAUUCUUUGAAUCCAUUACAUGGGAGGAUCUGCAGCACCAGACACCCCCAAAGCUCACAGCAUACUUACCUGCUAUGUCUGAAGAUGAUGAAGACUGCUAUGGAAAUUAUGAUAAUCUCCUCAGCCAGUUUGGCUGCAUGCAAGUUUCAUCUUCAACUUCUUCCCAUUCAUUGUCUGCUUCGGAGACUAGCCUGCCCCAAAGGUCAGGCAGCAAUAUAGACCAAUAUAUUCAUGAUCUGGACAAUAAUUCUUUUGAGCUGGACUUACAGUUUUCUGAAGAUGAGAAGAGGUUAUUAUUGGAGAAGCAGGCCGGUGGAAAUCCAUGGCACCAAUUUGUAGAAAAUAACUUAAUACUAAAAAUGGGUCCAGUAGAUAAAAGAAAGGGUUUAUUUGCACGCCGUCGUCAGUUGCUCCUUACAGAAGGGCCACAUUUGUAUUAUGUGGACCCUGUCAACAAAGUCCUGAAAGGAGAAAUUCCCUGGUCACAAGAACUUCGGCCAGAAGCCAAGAAUUUUAAGACCUUUUUUGUUCACACACCUAACAGGACAUAUUACCUGAUGGACCCAAGUGGGAAUGCUCAUAAGUGGUGCAAAAAGAUACAUGAAGUUUGGCGGCACAGAUACCAGAAUCAUCCGAAUGCUGCUGACUAGGAAAGCUUCCCCCAACCUGGCCUGGCUCCUGCCUGCUGCUCCAUGAUUCAGCAUAUGGGCUCGGCAGCACAUUGGAAGGACCUUCCCAUGCCACCUGUUAGCCAUCUCAAGGGGAAAUCAUAUGUCUGAUAUAUUGCAGUUUUUUAUUUAAAAAGAAAAAAAAACCAACAAAAAAUGACAAAAAAAACAACAACAAACAUAAAUGGAAUUCAGGGUCGCUUUGCUUGUUCUUUGUGCUUCCGUUGAGGCUUCCACUUGCAUAUCGUUGCAGUGAAGAUCUUGCUUUGGUGCCCUUCAGCUCAAUUUCUGCUGCAAACUAGUGGAUAGACCUUGCUUCACUAAAGAUAAAUUGAAACUGGUCUACAUGCACACACCCAAAAUCAUGUACCAGUCCUGUGUGUGUAAUGGGACAGGGAUUAUUUCUGUGAUUUUGUUUCUCCUCCUUCUCCCAUUGCCAAGACCCCAUCUAGAUUAUCAUUGAACUCUAUUUCAUCAGGGAGCUUUUAAAUGCCUCUGCUGAGGUCUUGCCAUCGUCUCUGUGGGUUUAUUUUAUUUUCCUGUUUAUGCUUUUUUUGGUAUAUGGCAAUUGCAGUCAGGUUAGUUUUACCUUUUUCCAUAAUCUCUAAUAUAGUUCUGGUUGCAGGAUUUCCGUGGUACUUAUUAUAAUUAUGUGAGUGCACCAGAUAUAUGCUUGGCAGUCAGGCUUCAUGUUAUGAAGAGUAUGGUAUAGGUUUUAAGCAAGAAAAUGCUGAAUGUGGCACUGAAAUUUUAUAAAAUUAAAAUUACUGGUUCCUGGGGGUGUGUAAAAUUUUAAGCUUGUCAUUUUAAUUAAAUACAUUGAAGUCCUUAAUCAAGGGGCCGUACAGGUAGCAGCAUGCUUUUAAUGAAUACUAACUGAAAAUGAACUAGUUAGUAACAAAUUUUAGUCAUUGAUGUAGGAAAUAUACUCCUGACAUUUUUUAGAUAAAUUCAGGUUUUUCCUUUCUCCAGGGUGUGCACAUAUAUACUGCCCUUGUGAAUGUUGCUACCUGUUUUUAGUGGAUAUAUAAAGAUGAAUGAGAAGAAUCCAAUUGAAUUGUUUUAAUGGGUCUUGGUUUAGUGAAUUGUACAAUUCUUCCUCUUCAUGAGUUGAUGGAAAUCUAAUGUACCCUUCCUUAGAAUAAUUUUUAAAACAUUUAAAUGUGCUUGGGCACUUUACUAAUUGACUUAUGGGGGAGCAAAGAUGAAGCUUUUGAUACUGAAGAAGAAAGUACGGUACUUUUUGUCUCAUCAGUACAUAAUUGUUGAAGGGUCAUAUAUGUCACAUGAAUCCUUUUUAUGUUAAAUUGUGGUUGAACAUUUCUUGUAACAUAGCAGAGAGCUUUUAACUUUUAUGUUUAACCUUUUUCUAAAUUUGUUCUUUAGCUGUUCUGCUGGUGGUCCUUCUGGCUCUCUUACAAAGAGCAGGGCUUUGCUUGGAGAUAAGUAUUGCUCAUAAUUGCAUUAAAAAGGGGUAAAAAUACCACACUAAAUCACCUCAUAUUGAUAAAUUAGUGGUUUUUUUUUCCUUAGCUUCUUUUCUACUUGAUUUAUUUCCUUUAUGACACCUUUUUUUUCUUUAAGGGGAAGUGUCCUGUUAUUGGAUAAGUGUUGAUUAUUUCCAAUCAUUGUUAAUAGUUAUUUUAUUUUCUUCAUGAAUAAGUAGGCAGAAAUCUUGUUAAUCUAGCAGGAUUAAGAUGUUUCCUUAAUUUCCCCAAAAGUCUUCCUUAGGUAUAGUUAUUAGUGGUGCAUGGUUGGUCUAUGUGAGGGCCUUGAUACUGCUGCAUGGGAGAAUUUUUUCACAUUUAUCUCCUUUGUGGACCCAAGGGUGAUGAGAAACUUUUCUACUUUUCCUUUAAUGUAAUCUUCAAUAAGUGUCAUUAAUAUAAAACUAAAUUCAGUUGGAAGGCUCUCUCUGUCUAAAACAGUCAUCCAUUAGUAUCAGACAUAGUAUACCAAAUUGGGUCCAGAUUUAGAAAGCUUCUAUUUCUUCUUCUUGCCCCAGUUAAGUGGUAUGAAAUGAUUUUUCUUGUCUCCUCAGAUGUGGUAACAGAUUUCUUUCAAAGUUAUGUUCUCUUUCAUGAACCAGGGGCUUGUUUGCUAUAUUAAUUUGAUUAUUCUUAAAUUAGAUGGUGCAAAAUGGUUCAGAUAAUGUAAUAGGUAGUAGAACACUUCAUGGUACUAAUGAUUUCUGGUUGGGCAUAGAGCCCAAUUCAGAGUUCAAGCAGCAAAGAGGACCAAAUAGUGUAGAGAAGUUUAUGGCUCAUGUUGGGGACCCCAGAGAGUGGGGACUGUGUAAAGUCUUUCUGUACUGGUAUCAGUUGUAGUGCCUUUAAUCAUAUAUCUAAAGGGAUUUUAAGACAUUAGACUAAGCAUUUGUAACAUAGAUUCAAAUUGUACUUUUCUUAUUUCCUAACCCUUCAAAAAGAUUUUUUUUUUGUUAAUUCCAAAAGGUGAUAUUAACAUUUCUAUUUUAGAACAUUUUUCCUUUAGGAAUGCUUUCCCUUCAUUUGAUCUAAUUGCACAUAUUGGAAAAUUCUCUAAAGCAUUUAUAGAAGUCCCCACUUUUUCUGUUUAUGUAAUUAUUUAAACUGCAUCAAACCUAAAGGAUAGAUACCAAACUGCAUUUGCCAACACAUCUUUCAUGGGCCAUUUGUUUCAGGAGCAAAGGACACAUCUAAUAGAUGGCCACUAAUGAGGGCAUUUUUUUGUAGUUGUCUUGGGGAAGAGACACAUUUUUUUAUUGGACUUUUCCCUUUCUGGGUGGUCAUGCCACUACCUCCUAGGCCUUAAUAACAAUAUUCACUUUUAGAUUCUGAAACCGGAUGGGGAUACUAUAUUAGCUUUUGCAAAUACUGAAAUUAUUUUGCCAUUAGCUAGAUCUACUGAUACCACUGUGAGCUAAUUCUCCUUUUUUAGGUAAUUUUUUUGUUCCUUAUACAAAAGUCCAUUCUUUAGAAGACAUUCUUUUAUUUUCUUACCCCUUUCUUACUCAUAUCAGAUUUAUUCUAGUCUAUCUCUAUAACCCUGGUGUUUAGGUGCCUUUCAUUAUAUUUAAGAUCAUAUGUAUGUGUAUGUAUAUGUGUGUGUGUGUGUGUGUGUGUGUGUGUGUGUGUGUGUGUGUGUGUAUGCCAUCUGGGGAGGACAGGAGGAGGGAAUUAAAAACUCUGUUAUUGAAUCCAACCAAGACACCUUUAAUUUAAAUAACAAAUAGAAUGAUAGCCCUAACCAAGAGGCUCUGACAGGUACAGAGCUCACAAGUUCUCAUUCUCUUUUUUGGUCUUUCUUAGAAUGGGUAAAGAAAGGAGUAGACCUGAGAGCUAUAAUAAUUAUCUCUUCAGAAAGCCUACUUGUGCCUUGACUUUCUCACCUGGAUGUUGUUUUAUUGCGUCAUAUAGGUCCGUAGGCAGUGAGUGAGUGUUACCAUUUGGACCAUGAAACUACAAAACUCAGUAUGGGAAAGGGCAUUCCAAAAGCUAUUUCAGUGUAAUUUUACCAAUUUUAAUGUGUAAGGAGAAUUCUUCUCAUUCUUAAUUCAUAUGCCCUCCUCCUCCCCCUCUCACCCCCUUUCAAGAUCCUGGUAGAGAGAAGAGACUCCCAAUAUGAAACAAGAAAGACCCUUUUUAUGCAUUUAAAUUACAAAUUGCCAUUCAGAUAGAUGGUCUGUUUUUCACUGAUACCUUGUAGCAACAUUAUUCACUCUAAAGUAUUCAUUAUAAGUUUAGGUUCUUUUUAGACCCUCCCUUUAUAGGAGUUUAGUUCCAGAAAUACAAAAGGAACUUGAUUUAAGGCAUUUUUUCACAGAAGGCAGUCUCAUGACAAGGUAAUAGUAAGGGCCUUCUUCAUUUGACACUUGUAGCUCAUAGUUCCAUACACUGAACAUAUUUGUUUUCUCUCGUGGACUAUGAAAAGCUUACACUCUCUGAAAUAAAUGCAGUGAAAUGCUGUGUGUCCCAAAGAAUGAAUUUGAAUAAUACAACUUCUCACCCUCCCUAUAAAAGCUUUUAUACCUUCUCAUGAAUACAGUCAAAUAUUUAAUUCUCCCCAAAACCAUUACAGAAAAAAACUACUCAAGGAAUAUGGUUAUGCUUCCAUGUUAGGUAUGCUUUCAGCCCCACCACUGACAUUUUGGUUGCUAAGUGCUCCAUGUCAUGUUCAGAGACCUUGUAGGUGCAAAAUGUAGUAGUGCCUGUUAGCUUCAAGAGCAUUAUUGUUAAAGUACUCUUAAUGUCACAUUUUUGGUAGUUCAUAGAUAAUUUAUUAUAAAUUAUAGAGACUCCAAAAUAUCCAUUGGGCUUUAAGGAACCAGUAGAAAGGCCUUAGUAGGUAGUUGUUUUAUGUUUUUUUUUUUUAAAUUCAAACCUAUAGGUAGGUUGCUAGUUGGAUCUUUAAUGGCUAGAGUAUUUAUCCAGUCCUUAUGUUUCAGGUCCACCCUGGCUUUGAGGUCCAACAAACAUAAUGGAAUAGUGUAUUGAUUGUAUUUGGCCCUCAGAAAGGUUCUCUAAAUGAAUAAUUCAGGGGAGUAAUGUAGUACUGAUAUAUUUAUCAUCCCAUCAGCAACAAUUUUAGGCAGGCUUCACAGCUCUGCAAAAGACCAAAACAUCUCUCUGGUUUAUUUCUUGAUUUCUUUACAUCACUCUAGUAAGGGCAUUAGGGAGGAAGAAAGUUCUAUCAUUCCAGAUGAAAAGCAUGCAAGCCAGAUUUCCUUAGGAGCCAUGCUCAACACCACUUUUUAAUUUAUCAGACGUUAUGGGUCUCAUGCCCUUUCUCUGUAGAUGAUUGCACUACCCUGGAGUUUCCCUUAUCCCUGGCUGGUCCCCAGAGUGAUGAGGAAACCCAUAGAUAAAACUUCAAACGGAGUGGGAGAUUUUUAGGUAUAGAGUUUGCUGAAGGUACUAUGCUUUAUGAAUGCUCUACAAAUUUUUCAUUUUACUUCCUUUCAUACCCAAAUUCAGAAAUGAAUUGAUGAUUGCUCAGUUGGGUGUGGUUUUUAUCUCUUUUUUGGCAUAUGUGGUGAAUGUGUAAGUAAUUUGUCUUUAGGCAAAUAUUUUCUAAUCAAGUUCUGGGUCACUCCUCUGAAGUUUCCUGAUAAUAGUGGCUUUGUGGCCCAGGUUUGCAUAUAUGUGUAUAUGCAUAUAUAUAUAUAUAUGUGUAUGUAUACUCAUACAUAUAUAUGUAUCUACACACCUAUGUAUCUACACACAUACAUACAAAGAUAUAACGCUGCCUUUGGAGAACUCUUCUAGAUAAGUAACUAUCCUUAUGGCAAAGAGCAAUUUUCAGUUCAGAUAGAAGCCAUGGGGAACUGAAAACAAAACACUUAGGUGUACCUCUUUAUCUUCCCCCAUAAUUUAUUUCUUCAGUCUGUGAAGAAACUCCAAACUGUAUGCACAGUGGACUAUUUAUAAAAAAAGAAAACUUUUUUAGCUGUGUAAACCACCCUGUAAUCCAAUCUAUAUGUCUGAAUGACUAUGAAUGUGGGUUCUUACUGUUGAAAAAGCCUCCAUAAUUUUGUCCUAAGUUUGAUUGGAUGUUGGCCAAAUGUACUAAAUUGUGGCAGUAUUUUAGAACUGCUGUAGCUGUCUUUUAACAACAUAAAAUUAGGAAAUUGAAUGCAUUUUGAUAGUAUGUUAGCUGUCUUUCAGGUUGGUGGCAGUUAGUAAUAUUCUCUACCUGGUUUGUAGCUGUAACUGAUGUACAGGCAAAGCAAAAAAAAAAAUAAAGAACUUAUGAAAACAGAAGCAAAUAAUGCAAUGAUAUUAGGAUAUACACUUUUGUAUUUUUAUUCUUAUAUAAGGUUAUUUGCUGGCUACUGUUGGCCUCUAGUUCAGUCUGUUAUUUAAAUUCUAAUAUAUGAAUUAUUUGGAUUGAAUUUCAUGUUCGGGGCCACCUUGUUGUAUGUAUUGAUGUACAGCCUUGAAUGUGAAUAAUUAUUGUAAACUAUAUUUUACAACUUUUUUUCUGGUUUUAUUAUAUAAAUUUUCUAUUUGGUCAAUGAUUUAAUCAUAUCUCAUAAUUUAAUGAAUCUGUUUAUUCUCUUUCCAGAUAUUUGUGCUUUAGAUGUAGUUACUGAAUGAUGAAUUUUUCACAUAUGCUCGAUAGUCUUGUAAUAAAAAAAAGCAUGUAGGGCUCUA